AUGCUUGGCUUCGACGCGCCUCCAUCCGGCCGCUACGGCCUCAUCAGGGACGACGCUGCGUCCAGAAUGGGGCGUUGCAAACCCCCGAGACGCUGCGCCGCGUCAAUGGUGCUGUUUCUUGGCCUCGCCGCCGUCCUCGCGAUGGCCGCGACUGACAUUGCGGCGCGGUCCUCUGACAUUUCAGCAGUCCUCUCACUGUUCGCUCGCACGGCGGAUGCACCAAGAGCGUCGGACGGGCGGGAGGCGGUCAGGGUGCCGCAGGGCUUCGCCGUCGAGAGUGACGAGCCAGGCCUUGAGGCCAACCUCACAGCGGACGCCGAGGAGCCUGAAGUCGUGGAUGGGGCGUCUGCGACGCACAGCCGCAAAGAACCGUCAACGCGAACCCAACUCAACAACACAGCGACACAUGGCUGA